CUUUGUGGGCGUUUCUCGCCGGUUGUGCAUUUGGACCUGGAGCGGGAAAGAUUGAACGUUGUUGUUUGUAAUUAGGUUUGCCUGCAAUACCGAGCCGUUUGCUGUACAGCUUGGCUUGAAGUGGGUUCAAGCCGGUUAAAUAUGCGUCUGUUGUUACUCGGUGUUUUGUGCACAUGUGCACUCGCAGCUGCAGCUCCCAAAACUGGAGCAGAACACAAAGACAGAUCAAAGGAAAAGAGGCUCAGUGAUGAAGAUCACUAUGAUGAAGACGAAGAACACAACUUGGACUACGAUCAUGAAGCUUUUUUGGGAGAUGAAGCUAAGGAGUUUGACGAGCUUUCACCCGAUGAAAGCAAGGAAAGACUAGCGCUAAUCGUGGACAAAAUUGACGAAAACAAGGAUGGAAAACUCACGGAAGAAGAACUUACCAAAUGGAUGAAGCACACGCAGAACAAGUACAUCAAUGAAGAUGCUGACAAGCAGUGGGAGGCGCAUACCACAAAGGACAAAGACAACAUAUCUUGGGAAGACUACAGGAAGUCCGUGUAUGGCUUCACGGAAGAUCUGGACGACUCCGAGGAUGAAGACGGCACAAACUACAAACAGAUGGUGGACCGCGACAACCGGAGAUGGAAUGCUGCCGACGCGGACAAAGAUGGCAAUCUCACGCGAGAUGAAUUUGCCCAUUUCCUGCACCCGGAGGAGGUGGACCACAUGAAGGAGAUUGUUAUUUUGGAGACUGUUGAAGACAUUGAUAAGAACAAGGACGGAAAAAUCACUGAGGAUGAAUAUAUCGGCGACAUGUUCGAUGGUGAGGCGGGUGGAGAAGAGCCCGACUGGGUCCAGAAAGAGAGGGAGCAGUUCAAAAGCUACCGGGACAAGGACGGAAAUGGAUACUUGGACAAGGAGGAGGUGUCCGCCUGGAUCAUUCCCCCAGACUACGACCACUCGCUGGCCGAGUCAAAGCACCUCAUCAAUGAAGCGGAUGUGGACAAAGACGGCGUGCUUUCCAAGGAAGAAGUGUUGGAGAAAUACGACCUUUUUGUCGGCUCUCAGGCGACGGAGUUUGGAGAAGCGCUGUACAAGCACGACGAGUUUUAAACCCAAGUGAUAUUUGACCAUUGCAUUGGCAUUAGCGCGCAUCGAACUCUUGUGCUGACCUUGCGUCGACCAGUUGGCUUCGACGUAAACUUGUGUGGUUCGUUUUGUCAAUUGCAGUUUGUGUUUCUAUGGUGUGUUAUAGGGUUCUGUUCAACUAGUCGCUGUAAAUAACAGACCUUGUCGCAUUGCCGGAGAAUUGACCUUACAGACGUAGGUGCGUUGCUGAACUCAACACUGCAUGCAUUCUUUCAACAUGUCUUACCAGCCAUGAAUAACGCCAGCUCAGAUUCGCGUUUUAGUACGAGCGUGAGUGCUGUGAAAAUGCGCAUCGUGGCGACGCAUUGCGUAGUGGUUUUAGCGUUUAUACUGUUUUGAAUUGAGCAAAUAUACGUUCGAGUUUGAUA